AUGGCGUAUGGCUGUAAGAAACGUGUAGCGAUAAACCAGUAUACAAACACUAUCGAAGAUCAUGUCAGAAUUGGACACAAAAUCAACGUGAUUAGUUGUCAAACAAGUAUUGUAGACGCCACUAGGAACGAUCAGGAACUAGAGGAAGAUGAGAAACUUUGUCCUGGUACCAAUUUUUGCACUGCCUCCCUGGCCGAAGUAAAAACCGUCAGGUCCUUGAGCGAUGUUCGUGACGUCACAAGCGCUCUCAGCUGCACCUGUACGUCACGUGAAAAGAAAUGUCAGCGUAUACCUUCUGAGCAAGUCUUUUUCAGAGGGACUAAGUUUGAAACGAGAGUAGAUGUUGGUCAGUGCGUUGGAAAGUGCCUCUCACACGGCGCACGCGACGUCAAAUGCCGAUCAACCUCUUCAAAAACCGUCACAAUUAUGGGUCCGAACGGGGCCAGAUGUGUUGAGGUGAUUCAAUCAUGCGGGUGUGAGAGAAAAUGCUACAGGGCCUCACAUAAUGAGGCUGUUCAAAUCCAACUUAACAAUACAACCAUGACAGAGAUCAUUGAUGUUGGACGCUGCGUCGGAACUUGUUCUGGACAUGUGAAGGGUGAAUGUCUUUUCUGGAUAAACAACCCAGACGAAUCAGGGUCAAGAGCAAGGCGAUGCGUAAUCCAUACCAAGACGAGACAAAAAGGAUGUUACCCAGAAUCCACCAGAGUAGAGAUAUUGGGUGACAAGAGAGUAACUGUGGUGGAGUCCUGUGCGUGUCGAUAAACAAGGCGCUACUGCAUAGAUCGAGCUCUACUACCUUUUUUAGCAAGUGCAGUUUACAUAUUGAGUAAAGGAGAGAGAAGAGAUGGAAGAAUAAUU